AUGGGCAAUGCGCCGAUUGCCUAUGUCGAAGGUGCAGGCGGCAUCCGUGUUGCGGAAGAUCAGAUUGUUACGGUUGGGAACCAGUUUACUAACUGGCACAUAGAUCGAGUAGCGAGCGAUUGGCACGAGUCGGGGCUGGUGGGUAGUCGGUGUAAGAGGCCGCAACAACGAUGCUGGCGUUGUUGGUCAACACCUGCCUCUGCCUCAUCAGCUCGGCCUGCUGCCGCUUAUACCAAGCAGGCAGGCCAUGGAACGCGUGGAGGCAGGGACGACGGCGAUAACGAAAUCGACGAUAACGAAAUCUACGAAUGA